AUGGUUCGAGUCAUCCAACUCCUUGCCCUCGCGGCCCUGUCUUUUGCCCCGGUCAAUGGCAUCGAGCUGGAUGUGAAUAGCGUUGACUCCAUCAAAUCUGCAGCAUCAUCCCUCGCCAGCCAACUCGUAGGAUACUACACCGCGAACUCGACCGGACGCGAGAAUGGAACUCUCCCCUCUCCCUACUCCUGGUGGGAAGCAGGUGCUCUCUUUGAUACUCUGAUACAAUACUCCCACCUGACCGGCGACACACAAUACAAUUCCCUCGUGUCCACCGGUCUCCUCAGUCAAGUCGGCAAAAACAGCGACUUCAUGCCCGUGAACCAAUCCGCAACAGAAGGAAACGACGGCCAAGCAACAUGGGCACUGGCCGCGAUGUCUGCCGCAGAAGCACAGUUCACGAAUGGGACACAAUGGCUUGCGCUGGCAGACACCGUGUUCAACAUCUUGGUUCAGCGAUGGGAUUCCGCGACCUGUUCGGGAGGACUGAGAUGGCAGAUAUAUUCUUUUGCGCAGGGCUUCUAUUACAAGAACAGUGCUUCGAAUGGGCAUUUCUUCCAAUUGGCGUCGAGACUUGCGAGGUAUACUGGGAAUGCAACCUAUUCGACGUGGGCGAACACGGCGUAUGACUGGACGAAGAGUACGGGGUUUAUUGACAGCAAGUUCAACGUGUAUGACGGUGCGCCUAUUGUUUCAAGCAAUUGCACGGAUGUCUCCAAGGUCCAGUAUUCAUACGUGGCUGGAACGUAUAUCACGGGCGUGGCACAUAUGUACAACAUCACGAACGGGAACUCGAAGUGGAAAACGGAACUAGAUGGGCUGCUGAACCAGACGCUGAGCGUGUUCUUCAGUAAUAAGGCCGCGACGGAGGUGGCGUGCGAGAAGAGCGAUGCGUGUACGGUGGACAUGAUGGCUAUGAAAGGCUUGCUGGGCCACUGGCUUGCGGAUGCGGUGCAGAUGGCGCCGUAUACUGCUAAUACUGUCCUGCCACUGUUGACGAGCUCUGCCCAGGCUGCUGCGAACGCUUGUGAUGGGACGGGCUGCUCGUUGUUUUGGGAUGGGAAGCAUAUGGGGAUUGAUGGUAAUGGGACUGGGGUGGUGGGACCGUCGAUUGAUGCGUUGAGCUUUGUGCAAGGCCUUUUGUGGCAGGAGGCUGGGCUGACGGGACUGCCUGCUACGGUUAAUGGUACUGCUGUUGCCGCCAAUUCGACCUCGACCGCAUCUGGGGCGGUGGCUUCGUCUACUAAGAAGAGUGAUGGGGUUGCGAUGAGAGCAGGGAUGGCUUUGUUGGUUAGUGUAUUGGGGUCGAUGAUGUGGUUUGUGCUGUGA